AUGUUACUAUGGAUUGUACUUAAAUGGCCAUCUGUUUGUUGGAUGACAGCUCCUAUUUCACAAACAAACGUAGCCACAACAAAAUUUCAAGAAUCGCGACGAGCUAAACGUUUACGACAAUCACUUGAUGAAUCAAUGCAAGCCCUGGAAAGCAAAAUCAAACAACAACAAUAUCCCUGUCGAUCUAUUUUUGCCAUACAAUCGUAUUUCGUAAAACGAACAAAUGAAACAGCUCCACAUUGUCGGUUUGAAAUAGAAGAACGAUUACAAAAAUUAUUUGGAGAUUUAUCUGCUCAAACAGAAAAUCUUUUACUGACAACACCAGUCAGUUAUUUAGAUUCAGAAAUACGACACUGUGAAAAAGAAUUAUCAGAAAAUUUAGAAAUGCUUUCAAAUGAAGUCAAAAAUAAAUUGCAAGCAUUAUCAGUUAAACGUCGAUCUAUUUACAGUAUAAAUCAAUAUGCCGCUUUUUUUAUUGAAUUGUUAACAAAACGUUCGUUUGUUGAACUUCUAAUGACAGAAAAGUAUCUUGAACAAUGGCGAUCAAAAUAUGAACCUAUUUUGAAAGCACAAACAGUGACUAUUAAAAAUGAAGGAAUCAAAUAUGGUGCUGAUAUUAAACGACUUGAAGAAACGCGAUCCCACGAACAAAAAAAAUCCAAUAAUCAAGUAAAAUUAGAUAGUUUACAAAAUGAAUUAACAAUUUUACAAACAAAAUAUGCUGCAAGUCGUCAAUCAAUAAAAGCUAUUGAAAAUAAAUUAACAAAUAUUGACUUAACUAUUGGUCUUUAUGUUGAUGAAAUAUUGGCAUUGUAUGAACUCUUGCCUAGCUUAUUCAAUAAUGUUGAUAGUUUAUUUGAUAAUAUUGCGGAAAAAAUGACACAACUAAUGUAUAAAGGUUAUCCAUUUCAUAUUCUUCGAGGUCGACCAUUAAGAUGUCAAAGUAAACUUUUACAACGAUGUUUGAAUUAUGUGCGACAGUCAGGAUUUCCACCUUAUGUACUAACGGUGAUUGGUGAACAAAGUUCAGCAAAAAGUUCACUGCUCAAUGCCGUUUUUGGAUGUAAUUUUCGUACAAGUUCCGGUCGAUGUACGAUUGGUAUUUAUUUAAGUGUUGUCCAAUGGAAAUCGCAUACAAUUGUUAUCCUUGAUACAGAAGGAUUGUUAUCACUUGAAGAAUCUGGUUCAAUAUUUGAUAAUCAAAUGGUUUCAAUGGCUAUGAUUACAUCUCAUCUUGUUCUUAUCAAUCACAAGGGUGAAUUUAGUACAAAUUUAGAACAUUUAAUUGGUAUGAGUUUUUAUGCAAAAUUACAAAUUCGUUCACCAUUAAAACCAAAACUUCUAUUUGUUCUUCGAGAUCAAGCCGAUUGCCAAGCAACGAAUAUAUUUUAUAAUCAAUUAGCAAAAUUAAAAGAAAAUCUUUAUAAAGAUACAAAAUUUUUGAAAGCUACUAUUGAUGAAGAAUUAGAAAUCGAAGAAAAUAAUGUUGUCUUAUUGCCAAAUGCAUUUUCAUCUGAUAUGGAUUCUGUUCUUAAUACAAAACUUAAUUGGCGAAAUCAAACAUUUCCGACUGAAAUUAUUGGUUUACGUGACGUAAUUUUUAAAAGUCUUCAUGAAACUAGUAAGAAAACAGAACCAGCUUACUGUGAUAUGGCCCAACUUUAUACCAAAAUUUACAACAAUUGGGAUUCAAUUGAUAAAUUAGGCCCACGUUUACUGGCAUGUAAAACAUUAUAUGAAUUAUCAAUUCAAAAUGAGUUACGAGAUAUAGCCCAUGAAAUUGUACAAGAAAAAAAUGAUGCUUUGUUAAGAGAAGGACAACAUCAAAUUAAUAUCGUUCUAACAGAGAUAACAGCAGGUAAACAAGUUGUAUCAAGCGAAUAUCGUUCACAUAUUAGUGAAGCCUUUCAAGUAACACUAAAUGGAAUACAUCAACGAUUCGUCAGUGAUGCUAUAAAUGAAUUUAAGCAGAAAACCGAAAGAAGUUGUUAUUUACCGGAAGCAAAAGAAAAAGCUAUCAAACUCAUGGGACCUCCAAUGAAAAGCACAAAAUAUAUGGUAAGAACAGAAUUUGGUGACAGACUACAUUCGGUAGUACAAAAUAUUCUUUUUCAAGACACAAAUAGAAAAUUAAUGUAUGAUGCACAGUGUAAUUUUGAACAGAAUAAACAUAUGGGAAUAAAAGAAAUGCAAAAACGUGCUGGGCAAGACUAUGCAGCUGCAGUUGCACAUUGUAAAAAUAAUUUAGAAGCAUUACGGAAGUCACCUGAAGAUAUUACAAAAAAAGUACUAAAAAUUUAUACUAAUUUACUUGAUAGAAAAGCAGCAAAUGCAAUAAAAGGCAGCAUUUAUAAUCGUGUAGAACCGUUACAAUAUGAUAAAUACGUACUUGAAUGCGCAAAACUUGGUCCUAUUUGGAAUCAAAUGGAAAACGCUCUAGCUCGUCCAUAUUCUGGUACACAACUUCAUGUCUCAUCGAGAGGAAACAGUAUUACAACAUUAUCAAAAAGAAUGGUAUCAGAUGAAGUAUUGAAUACAAUAAGAAAAAAAAUCAGAUGGUUUACGGGUAUGACAUCUGAAACAAAAGUUAAAAAUAUCUUUGAAAUGAUAUGUCAAGAUUUAUUACCAGAAUUAAAUAAACAGAUAUUAAAAUUAGUACGUCAAAAUAAAUAUUCUGAUCCACAAACAUUAAUAGCUGUUUUAGCUAAUACAGAAAAUAUGAUAAAUAAGGAAUCGAUUAUGAACUAUGAUAAAUAUUUAGAUAUUCUAGCUAUUGCAAAUGAUUUCGCUGUUAUAUCAUUAAAAACUGUAAUUGAUGAAGCUAUACGUAUUGAAAAUGAAAAUUAUAGAACUGAAUUAGAUAAAGCGUUAAAAGAAGCACAUAAAGCUAAAGAUAAUGUUGCUAAACAAUUUGCUGCUAUGGAAGAUUCAUUUGAACAAGGAAAAUUAUUAGCAACUAAUGUCAGUGAACAAAUUUUCAAAGAACUUGAUCGUAUACUGUUAGACAACGUAUUAAAUAAUAUUAAACAAGAUAUUGUUAAAAGUCACUUUAUUAACCAUGAUAAAAUACAAAUACAAGCCUAUGAACAAAGUAUUAAACAGGCUAAUGGUGAAAACAUUUUAAAAUAUGUGUUCGAUAUUAAUCGUUAUUUCUUAGAAUUGAGUUUGAAAGAAGUUAGAACAACAAUCAUUUCUGUUACACAUAAUCAUACACUUUCUCUACAAGAACUUAUUAUUCAAGUACUUAAUGUAGCAAACGAUAUUGUACAAUCAAGUCAAUGUAAAGACGUACAAUUUGUGAAUAACGAUAUUGGAAAAUAUAUUGCAAAUAUUCCACAAUUAGCAGUUGUUCAACAAGAAAAUCGUUUUCGACUGACAGAUGUUGUACCAUUACCUAUUUCUGCACCUGAUCAAUUUAAAUCUGGUUUUAAAAAUAUACUGGAAAAUUUAAAUAAAGUUCAACAGCAAGCUCAAAUUAUUACAAGCGGAUUGAAGGCUAAAGCAUUUGCUGGUUGUAAACCACAUUUAACUGGACGUCUAGGUUGCGAAGCUCGAUGUCCUGGGUGCGGUGCUAAGUGUAGUAAAGAAAUACCACAUGAAAGAGAAUGGGUAGAACAAAUGCCGGAUGUAUGUAGUUGUCCCGCUGACAGUGUCUGUAAUUGUCCGAAACCACCACGGAUCCAAGUAGAAGCUCAUGCCAGCACACAUCAUAUUGCUGGUAUGUUCUUUGGAAUGAGAUUUCAUCCAUCAAAUACUCCCUUAACAAGAUUGUGUUAUCAUAAAUGGAAAACAGCCAAAAUGCACAUCGGCGACGAUACAUAUAUAGAUCCAAUUCAACGUUAUUACAAUCAAAAGCAUCCAGCAUGGUAUAAUGAUCUAGACAGUCAUGCAUCACUUGACAAAACUGACAGUGAGAAUCUAGCCCCACCUGAACAACGUCGAGCAUGGAUGGUAGUUAGACAUGUUCUUAUUAAUCUUUAUAGCAAAACUGGUAUGAAAGAUGCAACAUAUGAUAAACAUCUCUAUCCAUCAGAUGUACCAGCAUUACCAGCCGGCUUUGAACCUACAUGGAAAGAUGACUAUAUCGAUUACGACCCUCAUAUAUGA